GAGAUGAGAUUGUCAGAAAAUAUCAAAGAAAACAAAAGCCUUUUUCCCAUCUCUUUCUCUCUCCAUCUGUACAAAAACCGAGCGUCUCUGACUAUUCUUUGCUUUCAAUUUCAAUCAUAGGGUUCAAUUUCUGUAAAUUCUCUCUUGUUUAUACUUCAUUUUCUAUGUUCAUUUCUGAAGUCAAAGCAAAUCUCCAUAAAUUUGUACAUACAUGAGCGUUUGUUCUUCUUAUUCUUUUGUAUCUCCAAAACUACAGAAACUCUUUCCAAUUUCAGUUCUUUGCUUCUUUGAUGAUGUGUGUAUACAUAUAAAAUUUUAAGCGAGUGUUGGGUCUUCUGAGGUUUUAACGCUCACGAUCCAAUUGGAUCUCUCAUCAUUUUUUUUUGCCGGGUCCUUCUUAAGAACACAGAAUCCUUAAAAAUUUGUGGGUUUUUGGAGAAAAUUGUUGGGUUUUUGUUAAAAUUUGAUUUAAGUGAGCAUAUUGCUUCAUUUGGGUUUCUUUUGGGUUUGAAAUUUAAAGUUCAACCAAAAUCUGGUUGAGCCAUGGCGGUCUCAACAAUAGCUUUAUAUGCAAGCCCACCUAGCAGCGUAUGUUCAGCACCACAUCCGUGCCAAAUCAACGCACACGCGACGUAUGAUUUUGACUUGAACUCGACACCUUCAUCUAGUGCAUCUUCUUCACAGAAAUCUGUGGUUGGUGGCUUGUCGUGUUUGUUUUCGUCUUCAACAGUAAAACAUUCAUCGUUUUCUGGUGAUAGAGAGGAGCUGGGAUCUUUAUGGCAUGAUAGAGGAGAGGAUUUGAAGGAAUUGAGCAGUUCGUUUCGGUUUUCACCGAGUAAAUAUCUUGGUGUGUCUUCUAUAAAGAGGGAUCAAAGUCCAAUUUCGGUGUUGCAAGGUCCAGUCUCGUGUUCUAGUAGUCCUCCUAUGAGAAUUGCUCGUGAAAGAAGCGCUGAUAUCGGUUUCCAAAGUUCAAUUCAUGGUUCAUUUCGCAGUGGGACUAGUGGAUUCUUUAAUGGGUUUGUGAGACAUGCGCUGGGAUCCUGUGUUGACUAUGAUUCGCCGAGUUUUGAGUUUCAAAGUGUUGGGACAGAUGUGGGUUCUUCAUCUUUUGCUGCGGAUGAACUGACAUUUAAUAUGGAGGAUACUUUUGUUGAUCCUAAUAAUGAGCCUUAUGCCAAAGAAUUGUUGUUAGGGGCACAAAUGAGGCAUAAAAUCUUCUGUGAAGAUUUUGUUGUCAAGGCUUUUUAUGAAGCCGAGAAAGCACACAGAGGACAGAUGCGGGCAAGUGGGGAUCCUUAUUUGCAGCAUUGUGUCGAGACUGCAGUUUUGCUCGCAAUGAUUGGGGCUAACUCUACAGUGGUUGCUGCGGGGCUUUUACAUGACACUCUUGAUGAUUCCUUUUUAAGCUAUGAUUAUAUAUUUAGCCUAUUUGGAGCAGGGGUAGCAGAUUUGGUGGAAGGGGUCUCUAAGCUUAGUCACUUGAGUAAGCUUGCACGUGAUAACAACACAGCAAAUAAGACUGUUGAAGCAGAUCGGUUGCAUACCAUGUUCCUUGCCAUGGCAGAUGCCAGGGCUGUCCUGAUAAAAUUGGCAGAUCGAUUGCAUAAUAUAAUGACAUUAGAUGCAUUGCCUUUGAUCAAGCAACAGAGAUUUGCUAAGGAGACGUUGGAGAUAUUUGCUCCAUUGGCAAAUCGUUUAGGAAUCUUUAGUUGGAAAGAGCAAUUAGAGAAUCUGUGUUUCAAGCAUCUCAAUCCAGAUCAACACAGAGAUUUGUCCUCUAGACUUGUGGAGUCUUUUGAUGAGGCAAUGAUUACUUCUGCAACAGAGAAAUUAGAGAAAGCUCUCAAGGAUGAAGCCAUUUCAUACCACGUUCUGUCUGGACGGCAUAAAAGCUUGUAUAGCAUUUAUUGCAAAAUGUUGAAGAAGAAGCUGAAGAUGGAUGAGAUUCAUGAUAUUCAUGGUCUACGUCUGAUUGUUGAAAAUGAGGAAGAUUGUUAUAGAGCAUUGAAAGUUGUUCACCAGUUGUGGUCUGAAGUACCUGGAAAAUUCAAAGACUACAUAAAACAUCCCAAGUUCAAUGGAUAUCAAUCUCUCCAUACCGUUGUAAGGCCUGAAGGAAUGGUGCCACUUGAAGUUCAAAUCCGUACGAAGGAGAUGCAUUUGCAAGCUGAAUUUGGAUUUGCAGCUCAUUGGAGAUACAAGGAAGGUGAUUGCAAGCACUCUUCAUUUGUGCUUCAGAUGGUUGAGUGGGCACGAUGGGUUGUAACCUGGCAGUGUGAGGCAAUGAGCAAAGACCGAUCUUCCAAUGGCUGUGCUGAUUCCAUAAAGCCUCCCUGUGCAUUCCCUACUCAUUCUGAUGAUUGCCCAUUUUCCUACAAGCCUCACUGUGGCCAGAAUGGACCUGUCUUUGUCAUCAUAAUUGAGAAUGACAAGAUGUCAGUGCAAGAGUUUCUUGCAAAUUCAAAUAUGAUGGAUUUGCUGGAAAGGGUUGGGCGGGGAAGCUCAAGAUGGUCUCCAUAUGGGUUUCCUGUAAAGGAAGAAUUGAGGCCAAGGUUGAAUCACAAGCCAUUGAGUGAUCCUACAUGCAAGCUGAAGAUGGGGGAUGUGGUGGAGCUGACUCCAGCCAUACCUGACAAAUGUUUGACGGAGUGCAGGGAAGAGAUUCAGCGCAUGUAUGACAGGGGAUCGACUACUGUCUCAAGUAAAACUGCGGCCAGUGGGAUGGUUGGCUGGAGAAGUUGACCCUUAAGUGAUCGUUUGUGAAGUAGUAUACCUAUACCAUUUAAUGACCAUUGGUUAAUCUUUUAUAUACAUAUGCUUGUACAGAACGGUUACAAUGGUUCUGGUAUGAGGACACGAUGACUAACUAGAUCCAAAAAAGCCACCAAAUGAUUUAUUUCAAGUUCCCACAUUGGAUGCAGGCUACUUUGUUUAUGCUUCCUCUGAUGGCAGUAUUGUAUUAUUUGAAAACUAGCCUGUUGAUUUAAAAUGUUAUCGAACUCUACAAGCUUGAAGCAAAUGCUACAGUUUGUUGCUUUUA